AUGCCCAUUCAGACUUUUGUUAUUCCUCACAGUCACAUGGAUGUUGGAUGGGUUUACACUGUGCAAGAGAGUAUGCACGCCUAUGCUGCCAAUGUGUACAGCAGUGUGACUGAGGAACUGUCCAAGGCAAACAAUCGCAGGUUUAUUGCGGUGGAGCAGGAGUUUUUUCGACUUUGGUGGGACACUGUCGCCACAAACUCUCAAAAGAAACAGGUACGACAGCUUGUGAAAACGGGACAACUGGAGUUCAUUAUCGGAGGCCAAGUGAUGCACGAUGAGGCAGUGACAGAUUUGAACGAUCAGAUACUACAACUCACAGAGGGACACGGUUUCCUGUACGAGACGUUCGGAGUGCGUCCACAGUUUUCGUGGCACGUGGAUCCCUUCGGAGCCUCAGCCACCACUCCCGUCCUGUUCGCGUUGACCGGGUUCAAUGCUCAUCUCAUCUCUCGCAUCGACUACGAUCUCAAAGACGCCAUGCAGACGGACAAAAAAUUACAGUUUGUUUGGCGAGGUUCUCGUUCACUAAAGAAACAGGAGAUCUUCACUCACACCAUGGACCAGUUUAGUUACUGCACUCCGUCCUCCAUUCCUUUCUCCAAUAGUUCUGGAUUUUAUUGGAAUGGUGUUGCAUUAUUCCCUGACCCCCCUAAAGAUGGCGUUUACCCCAAUAUGAGUCUUCCGGUAACCAAGGAAACCAUCCACGCCUAUGCCCAGACCAUGGUAGAUAACAUUAAGCAGAGAGCAGCUUGGUUUCGGACCAAACAUGUCUUGUGGCCUUGGGGCUGUGAUAAGCAGUUUUAUAACUCAUCCAUGCAAUUCAAGAACAUGGAUCCUCUUAUGAACUACAUCAAUCAGAACAGCAAAGACUUUGGAGUAACAGUCCAGUAUGCAACACUCAGUGAAUAUUUUAAAGCUCUUCAUGACUCCAAUUUGGAGUGGGAAACCCGUGGAAGUGAAGAUUUCUUACCUUAUUCUACAGAGUCACACCAAGCCUGGACUGGAUUUUAUGCAUCUAGAAAUAUUUUGAAAGGAGUGGCAAGACAGGCCAGUUCUAAGUUGCAUGCAGCAGAGACUAUCUUUACCCAGUACAGAAUAAGCUUCCCUGAUGGUCCCGUGGCUAAAGACUGGGCCCUCGACAAACUCAAAGCACUGCGCUGGGCUGUAUCUGAGGUCCAGCAUCAUGAUGGCAUCACUGGCACAGAGUCGCCCAAAGUGGCAAACAUGUACAUGCAGCAUUUGAGCCAGGCCAUGAUGGCAGUGGAUGAACUCCUGGCUGCACUCUUCCUUCUUCCACACAGACUCAGUCCACACGACAUAUUCAGCACAAACUACCAAACAAAAGGAAGAGUCCAAGAAGCACGAGAGCAACAUAUAAUCGUCUACAACCCUUUAGCCUGGAAUGUCACGACAAUCGUCAACUUCACGGUUAACUUUUCCACGGCUGCGGUGUUCGAUGACAAUGGGAAGUCCGUCCCAGCGCAGAUUCAGCCGGCUGCUUAUUCCAACACCACCUUCGACCUCUUCAUCCUGGUGGAGCUCGGGGGUCUUCAACAUCGGAAAUACACAAUCCAGUUUUCAGAGAAGGGUGGCUCUGUAGCAGGAGAUCGCGGUGGGACGUACAAGGCUCGGAAAGUUUCGUUUGACAGGAAGUCGGUUCAAGACUGGACAAAAACUGGAAGGAGACUCCUGCCAGUCAUCAAUGAAUGUUAUAAACUCAUGUUCGAUCAGGAUACUAACUUACUGCACAGCGUUACCUACACUGAGGAUAAAAGAAGAGUCAGGAUAAAGCAAGAUUUCUGGGAGUACCGUGCGAAUGGAGAGAUAAAAUCAGGGCCCAUCUCUGAUAACUACAUCUUCACGGCUAGCAGUACAGCGGCGCGGGCUUACGGCGCUGUGGGGAUGGAGAUCAUACCCGGGACCAUAGUGACGGAAGUUAGACAGUUUUUCUACAAGAAUAAGAGCGAUAAGGACCAUGCCUUCUCCAUAACCACUCGUGUCCCUGAGUGCUACCAGAGCAAAGUGCGUUGCCAUCGGCUGCAGCAGUCUUACUCGGUGGGCCCGCUGCAGCUGAACACUGAGACCGUUCUCAGGACCACCACCUCAUUGAGAAACAACAAGACCCUGUACACGGACGACAACGGAUACCAAAUGAUGAAGAGGACCUACAAGGAGUUUGAUAACAACACUUUAGCCAGAAACUAUUUCCCAAUGGUUCGUGCUGCGUUCAUUGAGGACGACCAAAGCAGACUCGUGCUGGUCAGUGAUCGAGCACAUGGGGUUUCGAGUCAGGGAGAUGGACAAAUUGAGGUGAUGUUGCAUCGUCGUUUGUGGAACAACUCGCCCUUUAACUUGGGUUACAACCUGACCCUCAACGACAGCUCAGUGGUGUGUCCAACAUUGUGGAUGAUCAUGGGCUCGCUAAAUGCAACCACAAAGGUUUACCACAGGGAGGCGAUAGAGAUGCAGCACAGGCCUGUGGUGAUGGCCAUAGAUCAACCCAAGAAGCCUUUACAAACUCAGGCCAGACACAGGCUUCCUGUUCCUACUGUGGUCCUCCCUCCCAACCUCCAUCUGCUCAGCUUCAGUAUCCCGGGCUGGAACUACAGCUCCAACCACACGGCUCAUAUUAAACAGAUAGAGAAAGAUCAAAAACACGCAGAGGUGAACUACGACCGGGUCCUGUUGCGGAUCAUGCAUCUAUUUGAGGAAGGAGAAGAUCCGGAGCUUUCAAAGGCAGUUACCGUAAACAUGAAGGAACUACUGAAGGGUUUAGGGGAAGUGAGAGCCCUGGAGGAGCGCUCUCUCACUGCGACAUGGGACAGCGACACUUUACAGAGGUGGAAGUGGAAAACAGCAGAGCCUUCGCAAACCCAAAACAAAACAACCGAGCCAAAGGAUAAGUUCACGGUCACAAUCUCCCCCAAAGAGAUCCGCACUUUCUUUGUCUACUUUUAG